GGUUUCCAGGGAGGCUGAAACGUGGAGUCUAAAAUACAGCACAAAUGAACAUGUCCAUGAAACAUAAACGGACUCAAAGAUAACAGAGAACAGACUUGCGGAUGCCAAGGGGAAGGGAUAAAUUGGAAGUCUGGGGUUAGCAGAUCAAACUAUUAUAUAUAUGAUGGACAAGCAACAAGGUCCUGUGUACACAGGGGACUCUAUAUCAAUAUCUUGACAAACCAAAAUGAAAAACAAUAUGAAAAAGAAUCUGUAUAAUGGAAUCACUUUGUUAUAAAGCAGAGAUUAACACAACAUUGUAAAAUCAACCAUACACCAAUAAAAUUAAAAAAAAAAAAGAGGCCGAAAUGAGUCAGCCCCGAAACCCAAUAAUGAGCUCAGUGCAUGACAGAACCAGGUAGCAUCAGGACAGGGUCAGCAGGUGCCUCUGGGAGACAUUUAUUUUCACCUCUACAGUUUCAACACCUUCCGAGUGUGCAAUCAUACAUUCUGUCCAACAUGGGAAAGAACUGUUUAAAAAAUAUAUGCAUAUAUUUCCUAAGUGACAGGAAAUAACCUCAGAAUUUAACACAAGAAAGCCAAGACAUUUCACUGAAACAAAACUCUCACUGCAAGAAAACAAACAGUAAAUAUUCUUUCCUUUUCCUGGUUAUAGUUUAUUUGUUCAGAAAGAAAGAAAAAGUCCUGUAUAUAGGUACUAAACACACACAAGUCAUGUAUCGAAAUGAGAAAACUGAGGCUGCCUUCUGAAUGGUCCAAGCGGAUAAAUGUGAAGUAUGGAUGCCAAGGAACUAAUUUUCUCUUUUACGUUACACAUAAACACUGACUGCAGGAUGAGAUACAUUUCUUGACUUAAACUUAGCCACUUUACUAGAGCUCUCUAGUUCCACAUGGGUUUAAAAAUAUAAGGAGUCUGAACCGCCGCCACCGCCGCCUGAGAAAAGCAUGGCUGCAACUCGAGCUAAGAAAGUGAAGAUGGCCACCAAAUCAUGCCCCGAGUGCGACCAACAGGUUCCUGUUGCAUGUAAAUCAUGUCCCUGUGGUUACUUAUUUAUUAGCAGAAAACUUUUAAAUGAAAAACACCCAGAAAAAUCAUCUUCUACAGAAAACAAGCAUGAGGCCAAGAGGAGGCGAACAGAGAGAGUUAGGCGAGAGAAGAUAAAUUCUACAGUAAAUAACGAUUUAGAGAACAGAAAGAGGUCUCGAAGUAACAGCCAUUCAGAUCAUAUCAGACGAGGAAGAGGAAGACCUAAAAGUGCAUCUGCCAAAAAACAUGAGGAAGAAAGAGAGAAACAGGAAAAGGAAAUUGACAUCUAUGCUAACCUCUCUGAUGAAAAGGCUUUCGUGUUUUCAGUUGCCUUGGCAGAAAUAAAUAGAAAAAUUAUUAAUCAAAGACUUAUUCUCUGAUAUUUGUCUGCAAAAUGUGUUGAAACUUUCUUCAGGAUUACAUCAGCAAAUUCUCAAAACAGUUGUGGACUCUCAAGAGCAUUCUGAUUGCAUCAAUAAGGGCCAUUGAUUGUUUUUUUUCCUUAUCAUUUAGCCUGUGCCACACUUUGGGAGUGAAGCUAUAGGCUUGGACUGUUUUGGGACUUCCUUGUUUACCAAGGAGUAUUGUCAGUGUUUGUGUUUGGGAUAUAUUGUAUUUACUCCAAAAAGAAAAAAAAAAAAAAGGAAACAAACUGGCUGGCUGUUAAAGAAUUAAAGGAUAGGGUUGGGAGUGGAAGUUUGGGAGUGGAAGUAUGAAAACCAGAGAAAUAAAAUGAUAGUUUUCAGGUUUGCCGCCAGAGAUGCAAUAUUUUAAAUACUUUGAGAAAGAGUGACUUUUAAAAAUAUAUAUUUCAGAUUUGAGCACUAACAUUGCAUAUUUACAGUUCACUUAAUAAAUUGGCAAUUGAUAUUUUAUUGAAUGGGGAAUUAAUAUAAACUAAGUUUUGUCCUAUAUUGAUUUUUUUUUGCCUUUUAUUUUUACGACUUUAGGUAUGCGUUAUAUUUAGAAGCUAUUUCUAGACAGUUUGAAAGUUUGGGUGCUAUAUGAAGAAAAACAUUUAAGGAUAUAUCAUACUUCAGAGAGAAACACUUUGUUUUCUUGAAUGUAAUUUAUUUAUUGGUUAAAAAAACUUUUUUGCUCUCGAGAUGGUGCCUGUUAACCUAAACAUAGAAUAUAUUUAUUACAUGCAAAAUAUUUCUUAGAUAGUCACUUUUAAGCAGUAAUGUUCUUUCCGAAUGGAUGCUCAUUUAUACAUCCUGAAAAUUAUUUAAGUUGUUACUUAACCUCACUCUGGAGGAAAAAGAAAAUAAACCUUAAUAUUGAAA